GAGCUGUUUCAUAGGUGUUAAAAACUGAGCCAAAACAAAACUUCUUAAACCAGAAAUUCAAAAACAAAACUGUAUUAUUCUUGUUUUUAUUUUAGAACAAAUUAAAAAAAAUAGAAAUAAAUAAAUAUGGAUGAUUCAAUGAGUUCAACAAAUUAUAUGAUGAUUAGCCAAUCUUGUUCUGUACCUGCUGAUUCUUCUGAAGAAAGUAGUUGGACUUUCUAUUUUGAAGAUUUCUUAACCUGCAAAAAUGAUAAAGAGUUUCCUAAUUUGUCAUCUUAUGAUCAUCAUGAUUAUCAAGCUUCUUCAUCAAUGGUGUCAGAUGCUGCUAAACCUGGGAAUAAUAAUAUGGUUUGCAAAAAUAAGAAUUUUAUAUCAAGAAAUAAAAAAAGUUUCUUUGAUGAAGAAUUAGAAGAUACUGCUAGCUCACCUGCUCAUAGUCCAAAGGUUAUAAAUGAUCUAAACAAGUACAUGAAGUCAAAAGAUCAGUUGGAUUACUUCGGUACCCAAAAUGUUUCCCAGGAAAAAGGAGAGUCUUCAAUGAAUGUAGGAGGAGGCAAUGAAAUGGGUUUCCUGGAGACACAACUAAGGCGAAAGGGACUUUGCUUGGUUCCGGUGUCUAUGUUAUUAAAUCACCUUAGUUGAAAUAUUUUCGACAUUAUUCCAUAAAAGUAGUUGUGUUAAUUAUUAAGUAUCAGAUUAGUAUGCAAUUUUUAAUUGUAGCCUUUUGUGUGUAAAUGAGUAGGAGAAAACAAAAUAGGUUUUCUCCAUUUAAUAAUAGUGGAAAUAUAAUUUUAGGGUAAAUAUUUAUGAGGUUAAAAAUAAUUUUAUGGGUGUUUUAAGUUUUAAUUGUAACCAUGGAAAUGUAAAAAUUAUUUAAUCUAAAAUUAUAAAGUCACAUAUUUAUU